AGACCAAGAGCACACCCAUUCCCUCUGCACAUGUUAAAACCCAUUCCAGUACAAACCCUUCUCUCCCUCUCCGCCGCUUGCACUCAUCAAAUCACACUCCGACUCUCCCUCUUCUUCCCCCCACGCUCCCCACCUACAAGAGGCGCUGAACCUGGCUUGUCCCUCCCGCACACGCGCACACACAGACCCAAGAACCCCCUUCAAACCCGCUGAGCUAGCAAUGGAGAUCAGCGGCAUCAUUGCGACAUGUACUCCCCAAUGAUUGAUCAUCUCAUUCUCCUCUAGCCCUUGUUGAGACCACCACACGGCCUCAUACCCCGUCCAUCGUUCCUGCUCCCCUCCGCUCCACCCCAAGACCAACAGCAGCAGCAGCGCACAGAACAUGAGCCGCAUGAGCAUCGCGGGCGGUGGCAGCGGCUGGCUGGGGUUCUCGCCGUCGCCUCACGGGACCAUGGACGCGGUGGCCGGCUCCGGCAUCGUCGACGUCGGCGGCCACCACCGCGUGCACCACAGCGGCGUCUACUACCACCCCGAAGCGAUCGCGUCCUCCCCCACCUCUUUCUACUUCGGCGGCGCCGACAAUGUCGCCGCGGCCGCAAACACCGGGUACUACAACGGGAUCUCCGCCCUACCUCUCAAGUCCGACGGAUCCCUCUGCAUCGUCGACGCGUUCAGGAGGAGCGACCAGGAACACCACGGGGCGGAGGUGUCGGCGUCGCCGAAGCUCGAGGACUUCCUGGGCGCGAGCCCCGCCAUGAGGCUGAGCCUGACGAACUCGAGCUACUACUACGGCGGCCACGGCCACGCCGUGGACCACGGCGCCGGAGGCGGCCAGCAGCAGCACUUGCCGUACGCCAUGAUGCCUGGCGCCGGCGGCCACGACGUGUACUACGACGCCAACGCGUACGCCCACGCGGCGCUGCUGGACGAGCAGGCGGCAAUGGUAGCGGCCGGGUGGAUGGCGCGUGCCGGCGGCGGUGGAGGCUACGACGUUCACACGGGCAGCGGCGAGGACGGCGCCGGUGCCAUCGUGCCGGCCGGGCAAGGCGACUCCGGAGCGCACCUCCACCCGCUGACGCUGUCCAUGAGCUCCGGGUCCCAGUCCAGCUGCGUCACCAUGCAGCAGGCGCCCGCCGCAGCCAGCCACGCCUACGGCGGCGAGUGCGUCGUGCGGACGACCGUGGCCAGCAAGAAGCGCGUCGCCGGGCAGAGCAAGCAGCCGGUGAACCACCGCAAGUGCAUCGACACGUUCGGGCAGCGCACGUCCCAGUACAGAGGCGUCACCAGCAGGCAUAGGUGGACGGGGAGGUAUGAGGCGCACCUCUGGGACAACAGCUGCCGGAAGGAAGGCCAGACCAGGAAAGGCCGCCAAGUUUAUCUCGGUGGGUAUGACAUGGAGGAGAAGGCGGCGCGGGCGUAUGACCUGGCGGCGCUCAAGUACUGGGGCGCGUCCACGCACAUCAACUUCCCGGUGGAGGACUACACUGAGGAGCUGGAGGUGAUGAAGAACAUGACGAGGCAGGAGUAUGUGGCUCACCUGAGAAGGAAGAGCAGCGGGUUCUCGCGCGGCGCGUCGAUCUACCGGGGAGUCACCCGGCACCACCAGCAGGGGCGGUGGCAGGCGAGGAUCGGCCGCGUCUCCGGCAACAAGGACCUCUACCUCGGGACAUUCAGCGCGCAGGAGGAGGCGGCGGAGGCGUACGACAUCGCGGCGAUCAAGUUCCGGGGCCUCAGCGCCGUCACCAACUUCGACAUCAACCGCUACGACGUGAACAAGAUCAUGGAGAGCAGCACGCUGCUCCCCGGCGAGGAGGUGCGGCGCAGGCCCGACGUCGCCGUCAGCUCAGCCAUGGUGGCCACCGCCGCGGCCGCUCUCGUGCAAACCGCAGACUGGAGGCAGGCCAUGGCGCCCGCCACGGCCUACGGCGACGAGCACAGCCGCCACCACCUCGACCUCCUAUCGACCGAGUCCCUCUCGUUGCUGCACGGCGUCGUCUCCGUAAACGGCGGCAAUACGGGGCAGGGCAACGCCAGCAGCGCACGCAUGUCCGGGGCGUCGUCGCUCGCCACGAGCCUGAGCAGCUCGCGGGAGCAGACUCCGGACCAGGGAGGCGCCCUCGCCAUGCUGUUCGCGAGCCACGCCCACGCAGCACCAAAGCUCCAGGCAAGCUCGCUGCCCUUGGGCUCGUGGGUCACCUCGGCGUCGCCGCUGCCGGCCAGGCCCGGCGUGUCCGUCCAGCACAUUCCAAUGUUCGCCGCGUGGGCCGACGCGUGAGCAAGUUCUUGGCAGUGCAAGUUUGGGGUCGGCAGGCAAAGAUUGUUUUGGAAUUUGCUGGUAACUUAGCCGGUGGUUAAUUAGUCUUCAGUAGCCUGGUUUGUAAGGAACUAGUAUGGAUUAGUAGCUGGGUUAGUAAGGAACUAUAGUAAGGAUUAGUAAGCCAUAGAUGGGUAACUUUGUGGCGUAGCUCGACGGCGCGUGCAUGCCUGGCUCCUGCCUUCUUCUCCAGCUGUGUCUGGGACGAAGGGUUUUUGUAAUAUCGAGCAUGUGGCAACAGCAGCGUCACCUCACCUCCGGCAGAUAGCCGAACUAAUGGGGGAUGGAUGAUUAGUUUCGAUGUCCUGACCUCCUAACUUCAUCAUCAAACGGAAAUGUUAAGUACCUGGCUCGUUCGUUGUC